AUGAGGUGUUUGAGUGAUGACGCGCACAGUUACCUCGUCACCCACUCCUUCAUCAGUCCGGUAUCAGGUACUUGUCUGUCGAAACGGAACGGCGUUAUGUUGUCGCAUGCACCAAACGACGCCACCUGCUCCACCGUUAGAACUUACGCCACCUGCGGCUGCGUAAAGAGGCCUGGCGAGUUUUUACCUCAUUAUCACAACGGCGUUUCAUGGCAUCUAUCGGAUUUCACGGCGUAUGUACUGUCCUCCUCUCCGAGUUUCCUCGGCGGGAUUUAA